AUGUCAGAGAGCGUGGGUACGUUCCGCAUGGUCCCUGAAGAAGACCAGGAGCUGUACUGUCACAUGGAACGGCUCACAACCCAGGACCAUGGGCCUGUCUUUGGGCCGUGUAGCCAGUUGCCCCAACAUACCUUGCAGAAGGCCAAGGACGAGCUGAACGAGCGAGUGGAGACUCGGGAGGAGGUGGUUCAAGAGCUGCGGCAGCUGGUGCAAGAGCAGGCGGCCGCUGGGGAGGAACUGGCCCAGGAGGUGGCUGAGAGGGUGCGGGGAAGGGACAGCACCUUCUUCCUGCGCUUCAUCCGUGCGCGAAAGUUCAAUGUGGGGCGUGCCUAUGAGCUGCUCAGAGGCUACGUGCACUUCCGGCUGCAGUAUCCGGAGCUCUUCAACAGUCUGUCUCAGGAGGCCAUCCGCUGCACCAUUGAGGCUGGCUACCCUGGCGUCCUUCCCAGUCGGGACAAGUAUGGCCGAGUGGUCAUGCUCUUCAACAUUGAAAACUGGAACUGUGAAGAAAUUACCUUUGAUGAGAUUUUGCAGGCAUAUUGCUUCAUCCUGGAGAAACUACUGGAGAAUGAGGAAACCCAAAUCAAUGGCUUCUGCAUUAUUGAGAACUUCAAGGGUUUUACCAUGCAGCAGGCUGCCGGGCUCCGGCCUUCAGAGCUCAGGAAGAUGGUGGACAUGCUCCAGGACUCCUUCCCAGCCCGCUUCAAAGCCAUCCACUUCAUCCACCAACCAUGGUACUUCACCACCACCUAUAAUGUGGUCAAGUCCUUCUUGAAGAGUAAGCUGCUCCACAGGGUCUUUGUCCACGGGGAUGACCUCUCUAGCUUCUUCCAGGAGAUCGGUGAGGACAUCCUGCCUGCUGACUUUGGAGGCUCAUUACCCAAGUAUGAUGGCAAGGUCACUGCCGAGCAGCUCUUUGGCCCCCGGGCCCAAGCUGAGGACACUGCUUUCUGA